CUUUAUAUACUUAUAUAUAUUCAAUUUACUUUUUUUAUGUCACUCAUCAAGACAACAUUGACUCAAUGUUCUGACUAUUUUCAUCGUCAUACUGACUGGUCAAGAUUCAUGACAUGGUACAACGAGCAAGUUGAAAAAGCGACUUCUGUAGCUUCUACCACCGCUCCUACCAGCAAAACCAAACGACUGGCUCUUGGUGUAGCUAUUAGUUUAACCAUCCUUUAUUCUGUGUAUCGCCAUGUCUCUCGUCCUCCUCGUCAAUUGCGUCAUAUUCCUUAUAUCAACUUCUUCACUUUCAGUCGUCGUUUUAUCAUUAGCAAGUGGACAACUGCAAAACUCGCGAGAGAAUUCGAGUUACCUUUAUUGAAGGAUGGGAACCCUAUGUUUGUACGUUCUGAUAAGUUUGGUUGGACCGUUCAUGUUUGUACCCCUGAUGCUGCAAAAAAAGUGUUUUUGAAAUCAGAUCUUUUUCCAAAAGCCAAUCAAAGUUCCGCCAAUGCAAGCAUUAUCUAUCGUCUUGUUGGUACUUCUAAUAUCGUUUUUGAAAAUGGUGACGAAUGGAGAAAACAUCGCAAGCUUGUCAAUCCAGCUUUCCAUCGAUCCAUGCCUAUUCAAGUAUUUGGACAAGUCGCUCAACAGGUCUUUACUCACUUGGAUAAAACGCAACCUAAUGAUUUUACUUUGGACUUUGGACAGCUGACGGAAAGAAUAACAAUCGAUGUGAUUGGAAGAGCAGGCUUUGGGUUUGACUUCAAUUCGGUCCUUGAUGAUGCUAGUCCUUGGAAGCAAGUAUAUGAUACUGUGAUUAAUGGUCAUCGUGAUCCUCUCUAUAUGAUGCUACCUUCAUUGGAAAAAUAUUUCUUGUGGAUGCUCCCCAAGCGGCAACGAAUCCAUGCUAUUACCACCAAAUUCUUGACAAUGCUUCAACAAAUCAUUGACAACAAACGACUCACCUUACGGGAAAAAUAUGCUACGGCCGACGACAUUGACGAUUCAGAGAAGGAUCUAUUGACUCUGAUGCUUGAAAGUGAACUACGUGGAGAAGGUGUUUUGACUGAUCGGGAAUUACUGAAUGAUAUUGGUAUUUUUUUCAUUGCGGGUCAUGAUACUACCAGCACUGCUUUAACGGCUGCAGUUUACUACCUGGCCAAACACCCUGAUAUUCAAGAGAAGGCACGUCAAGAAGUGAUUGGUAUUCUUUGUCCUGAUGGUAUGGAACCUCCUAUUGAUAUUUUACCCACAGCGGACCAAGUCAAGAAAUUCAACUAUUUGAAUCAAGUCAUUAAAGAAACACUACGUAUCAAUGGCCCCGUUGUUUCCUUAGUAUCUCCUCGUCUUACAACAAAUGAUGUCACUCUAUCCAAUGUUUUGAUUCCAAAAGACACUCUAGUCAACGUCAAUAUUUAUGACCUUCAUCAUAAUCCGAACGUUUGGAUGAAACCUGAUGUUUUUGAUCCUGAGCGUUUUGCUCCUGGUGGUGAAGCUGAUCAACAAGCUGGUGGGGGUAUGGCGUGGAUACCUUUUGCAAAUGGACAAAGAAUGUGCGUAGGAAAUAUGUUUAGUAUCAAUGAACAACGUGUGUUAUUGGCCUGUUUACUACGAAAAUAUCAAUGGACAUUACCAACUGAUAGCAUACACAAGGAAGAAUUGAUUACAACGAACUCAAAUCUGAUGAUUCCACAAGACGUUAGGAUUCGUUUCUACAAGAAGCGAUACUAGAAGUCUGCCUCACUUUUAUCCUUUGUAUUUUUAUUGUUAAUCGAGAAUUUGGAUCAAUAUUGUUAAUCGAGAAUUCGGAUCAACCUGGUUGUAGUUUGUUAGUGUUAUCCUUUACUAGUUGGUCUUCUUUUUAUUAAUGUCUAUAAAAACCAAUAUGAAUAAAAUAUCCAUAUACUAUAGUCAUGUUCAGUUAAGAUAGUAAUUUGAAGAAUGAUGAUGAUCGGGAACUUGGAAAAUAAUGAAAACAGCAAUCAUGAAAACCAUAAAAUACAGACCAAUGAUAAGUAUAGUAAAUCUUCUCUCAAUCUAUGCAAAAAAAAA